UUACCUAGAAAGCAAUACACACAGACACGUCUGCCUCUUGAAUAUUACUUCCUCAACAAGUAACACAGGACAAUCAAUUCAAAUAGGACAGAGCAAUGAAGACCUGGAAGGCCCGUGAGCGCUGUCAAAAAAUUAUAGCAUGGACACCCAUCGGCAUUUGUAAGAGAGAGGAUUCACCUGUUCAUGGCAACAUAAAAACAUUGCUCCUAUCCAAUUCUUUUGUUCGAUGACAGUACAGAACUACAUCAUUCUUUCUUUGUGCAAACGGCUAAUAGGCCUAGGUCUAGUUGGAUGGAGCUACUACGUAUUUGCAUUUUCUGUAUGUGGCUAUCUACUUAAUCAUGGUCAUACUUUUCAAGGGGUAGCGUUUUUAGUCAUGGUUACAGUAAUUGUAGUACUCCUUAUCUGGAGUUAUUGCAUUGCCACUUUCACAUCACCUGGCUAUCCUAAUGAGAUCCUUCAAAAAUAUUCCGGAUAUCACAGUGCCAUACAGGGCGAUAUCAGUAUGGUAGAUCAUGAGGACACUGUCCGUGUCGGUCUUUUGGAGCCAGAGCAGUUUUAUCUCUCUUCAUCACUAAAUGCCCACAGCUCGCCUUUACCUGACACAAGAGCUAUCGCAGCUACAUCCACCACAACAGGCGCUAAUAUCAGAGAUCGAGAUGUAGGAAGAGUGCCGACUUCGUCUAUGGGGCAUGUAGAAAGGUUAUCGGAAGAAACCGAUGGUAUGAAUCAAAGUCACACCUGUCAAGCGGCACAAUUUACAGCCAUUGCAGAGAGCAGUGGCAGCGGCACUGGGGUUGUGCAGUACAAUUGUCAUGUUUCCUCUUCAAUCCUUGUGCCACCGCCUCCACCUCUACAAUCUGCGCAGGGACUCACGCAGGAUCACACCGUUGUGCAGAUGGUGGGCGCGAGAUCAAAUGUAAGACAUGAUGGGUAUGAGGGUGACAGCGAAGACACAGCGGAUAAUAUGCCUCUAGGCCGGUCGAUCAGGCGUUUUACAGUCAAGCGUGAUGGCAAGAUGAGAUACUGUCAAAAAUGCCACUUCGAAAAGCCAGAUCGGACGCACCAUUGCUCAUCAUGUAAGCGAUGUGUCCUCAAGAUGGAUCACCACUGUCCCUGGCUAAAUAACUGUGUUGGGCAUAGGAAUUACAAAGCGUUUUUCCUUUUUGUCCUUUGGACGGCAAUAUACUGUGUGACGCUUGUUGCAUGCACAAUACCCGUUGCCGCUGGAGUCGCAAGUCUUCCUAAUGAUGAAAACGCAUUUGAUCCGCAGUGGGUGUUUAUGAUUUUAAUCGGUAUGAUCUUUGGAUUGUGUCUAGUCCCGUUUGCAAUUCAUCAUCUAUUGCUGAUCAAAUCCAACAGGACCACAAUCGAGAGUUUCGAGAAGCACAGAUAUCGUGUGGGCAACACCGGUGAGGUCAUGCAGAGUCGUGUUUUAAAUGUAUUUGAUCUUGGGCGAAAGAAAAACUUUAUUCAGGUCCUUGGCCCUACGUGGUAUCUCUGGCUUGUACCCGUUCGCAACUCUAUCGGCGAUGGUUGGAGCUUCCCUGCAAAUGAUUAUGGGAAGAGCGUACUUUACCAAGGAGAUAAUGAUACUAAUAUACGAAAUAGCCAGAACCGCUGGAUGCAGAAUGAUGCAUCGCCAGCAAAGCCAUAUUACCACAACACCCAUGGUCCGUAUGACGGCGUAGGUAACUCUGGUUAUGAGUCAUAUGACAUGAAUGACACUUCUGAUCUGGAUCAGGAGCAUUACCGCCGUGAUAGUGAUGAGAGCGAUGAGGACGGUCGUAGAGGCCGACGUUAUCCUCAACCACCACCAAGACGUCUACGUCAGCAGCAUGGAGCAUUUGCUACAGUUCAGCAUGAUUCUGAUGAAGAGGCAGAAGAGUAUUUGUACGACAGCGACGAACCUGCCACAAUCCGGUUCACAGAUACGGAACGAUGAUUUCCUUUUUCUUUCUUUCCAAUUGUAUUAUAACAUCACAAUAUAUCUCAAUUUUAACAAACCAAAUUAAUAAAGAUGGUG